AUGGGAUGCUGUUGCUCGUCUACAGAUUUAGCAAGGCCAAUUCCCCAACCGAAAUCUCUUCAGUUGUUAGGCUCUCAAUCACCUACAAGAAGAAGUGGCUUCAUCAAAGUGACUUCGAGAAAUAUCCUAGAUUAUUAUGAAAUUGUCAAAGAAAUCGGAGUAGGCGGAUUUGGCACUGUUUUUGAAGUCCGCGAUAAAAGGUCAGGUUUACGUCGAGCUAUGAAGGAAAUCCCAAAAGACAAUUUAGAUGAAGCAAAAUUUCAAAAAAUGAUAGAAGAAGUCGAGUUAGUCAAAAACAUGGUAAAAUUCUAUAUAGGAUCAUCCAAAUAUAAUGAGAAUUUAUGAGGUCAUAGAAACCUCAAGAUUCUACUAUGUAAUAACCGAACUCUUAGAUGGAGGAGAACUCUUUGAAAAAUUAACUAAACAGAGAAGGUUUACUGAAAAACAAGCUGCCAAAUAUUUAAGGGAUAUUAUGUCUGCACUUAAUUAUUGCCAUAAGCAAGGGAUUGUACAUAGAGAUAUUAAGCCUGAAAACUUGGUAUUUGAAUUUCCAGACGAUAAUUCGAAUUUAAAAGUCAUUGACUUCGCAAUUUCUCACAAAAUAAACCAAGAAGAAAAAAUCACUGUUAUAAAUGGGACAUUAUGGUAUAUGGCGCCUGAGAUUUUAAUUGAUCACACUUAUGAUGAAAAAUGCGACAUAUGAAGCGCAGGGGUUAUUCUUUUUAUAAUGCUCAGUAAGGGUUACUAAUUACCCACCCCGUGAGCGAACAAAGCCGUUGGAAAACUGGUAAAAAUUCACCCUUUUAAGCAACCAAAAAAUUUUGAGGUGUAAGUAAUAAUUGUUAUAAUGAAAUCUCUAGCUAAUUCUGCUUAAUUUUAAAAGCUUGCAUUUUUAAAACAUAACUUUUACAAAUUAAAUUAAUAGUUCCUUUCUAGUUAUUGCAAUUUUUUUAAUUUCGAAUAAAAGAUUUACUAUAAAAUUUAUAUAAACAAUUAACCUACCUCCAUGAGCGAAAAAAAAUUUUUGUUCGCUCAUGAAGAGGGGGAGAAGGUGGAAGCCCUCCUUUUAUGGGUGAAACAGAAGCAGAAAUAAUUUCAAACAUUAAAAAUCAUUACCCAAAAUUGAACUCACAGAUUUGGUUUUUUAUGACUGAAGAGUGCAAAGAUUUAUUAAGAAGAAUGCUUACAAUUAACCCAAAAGAAAGGCUAACUGCUGAAGAAGUUUUGGCUCACCCAUGAAUCAAUAUGUGGGAAAGGCAUGGAAUUGCAGAAGUCCCAAUUAGCAAAGAUGUUUUGACUCACCUUAACCAUUUUCAUGUAAUUUUCAUAUAGAGUCAUUCCAAAUUAUCAAAAUCCAUCAUGCUUUAUAUCAGUUACCAACUUUUUACAAAAAAAGAAGAACAGUCACUAACUGAAAUUUUUAAAUCAAUUGAUAAAAAUGGAGAUGGUCUAUUAAGCAGGGAAGAACUUAUCGAAGGAUACAAGCAUUUAGGGAUGUCAGCACAAGUAGAUGUUGAUGAGAUUAUGAAAAACUGCGACUUGGAUAACAGUGGAACCAUUUCUUUUUCAGAGUUUUUAAUUGCAGCUUCACAAUGGAAAAGCAUUUUUAAGAAAAAUCAGUUAAGGCAUGCUUUUGAUGAGUAUGAUUCCAGCAAAGAUGGAAAACUUUCACUAGAUGAACUGAAAAAACAGUUCCCAGAGAUACUGGAUACAGAGUGGAAAAAGCUUUUUGAAGAAGCUGAUGAAAACAGAGAUGGCCAGAUUUCUUUUGAAGAGCUUAAAAAUUAUUUAUUAUCAACAAUUAAAUAA